GUCAAUCGUGCUGAUGGUGAAAUGCCGGAGGGCGCAAAAUCGACGGACGAUGAGGAUGAUGCAGCUAAACUUGCCUCCGAUGAGUUCCGUGCUCUCGAUAUCAAUCUUGACGAACCGCUGAGACCUGAUGAGAAGAAAAAGAAGAAGAAGGCGCCAGCAGCGACUCAUACUGAGAAUGCAGUCGCAGCUCCUCACGAUGAGUUGGAUAUGGAUGCAUGGUUGAGAGACGAGCCAGCGCCGGCACCAGCUGUUGUUGAAAAUUCUAAGGAAACCUCUGGUGUUUGCACUCCUUCGAAUCCUAAUAUUGACCGCAUCUCCCCAAAGACCAGUCAUAUCACAACGCCCGGCAGUGCGAAACUUUGUUCCAAUUCUGAUCUUGUCGUGGAUUAUGCAACAACGGCCAAUCCUGGCAGUGAAGAGGUCAUUAUCAAAUUAGGAUUGAUAAUUCCUGGCCCUCGUCGCUUGAAAGAUAUUGAGGCGAACGUUGUCGACACGUUAAAUGCUCGCAUGGUUAGGAGCGAGCCUGGUUUCUUACUGCCGACGGCGUUAUCACCUGGUGAUCAUGGUGAACUGCGUUUGCAUAUAGCUCUUGUUUCCAAAACAACAUCACAGAUCUUGAGAGGGACAAUAACUUAUCUUGCUGAGGAGGAGGACGGGUCAGUGCCUGGAAAGCUUGAUUUCAAAGUUCCCUUGCGAUCUACAGAUUCACUGCUUUCGGUGACGAUAAGCAAGUUAGUGGCUGUUUUCUUUUCGCAUAGUUGUGGCAUUCUUUUUUCGCACUGA